CUGCGCCUGGCUCAGAUACGGUCAGACCAGCGGUAGCCAACACUUAUGAGCUUCCUCUGGUGGGAAUGGGGUGGCGAGAAGAAGGCCUGUGUCUAACGAUGUGUAUUGUGGGGUGCGCGAGUGCACGUGUGCGUGAUAACGUGUGUGUAUCGGGGUGCCAUGGGUCAGCUCCCCCCCUCCCCUCAGCUGUGCACCUCCAGCCUCAACUGGCCAGUGUGACCUUCGCCACCAACAACCCUACCCUCACCACCGUGGCCUUGGAGAAGCCUCUGUGUGUGUUUGACAGCUUGGAGCCACUCACCGGGGACUAUGAGGUCUACCUCUACGCCAUGGCCGACUCAGCCAGCUCCGGCAACGCCUCUGUGCAGGACGACACCAAGGUGCCACUGAGCUCCACGUUUCGGCAAACGCGGGGAGGGAGGACAGGCCCCUACAAAGCUGCGGCCUUUGACCUGACCCCGUGCAGUGACCUGCCCAGUCUGGAUGCCAUCGGGGAUGUGACCCAGGCCUCAGAGAUCCUCAGUGCCUAUCUGGUCAGGGUGGGCGACAAUGGGACCUGUCUGUGGGACCCCAACUUCCGGGGUCUCUGCAACCCACCGCUGUCAGCAGCCACGGCGUACAGGUUCAAGUAUGUCCUGGUCAACAUGUCCACAGGCUUGGUAGAGGACCAGACUCUGUGGUCGGAUCCCAUCUACACCAACCGGCCCAGCUCCUGUCUGGGCAUCGACACGUGGCCAGGCCGGCGUAGCGGGGGUAUGAUCGUCAUCACGUCCAUCCUGGGCUCCCUGCCCUUCUUCCUGCUCGUGGGCUUUGCCGGUGCCAUCAUCCUCAGCUUCGUGGACAUGGGCGGUUCUGCUGGGGAGACCGCGCACGACUCUCAGAUCACCCAGGAGGCCGUCCCCAAGUCCCUGGGGACCUCGGAGCCUUCCUACCCAUCUGUGAACCGGGGACCACCUCUGGACAGGGCCGAGGUGUACUCCAGCAAGCUCCCAGACUGAAGCCCGCCUGGCCUCGCCCCUCCCGGCUGGCCUGGCCCCGGCAACCUGCCCAGAAGGCGCCGAGCAGGCCGGGUUGGUCCUACUGCAGGAAAACACUUCAUAAAACCUUCCCAAGAAAACCA